AUGCAUCGCCUACGAGCCACAGUUUCGGCUGCUCUUCUCUCUUCUACGGCCCUCGCUGUUCCAUAUGCCGAGUACAUCCUUGCACCCUCCCAGCGUGAUCUUGCUCCUGUAACCGUCCAUCGAGCCAAUGGUACAGUCAUCAACGCUGCCGGCGUUACAAGUUCUGGAACCGGAGGCACAACUUUCAACAGUGUCUCAGCUGUCACAUACGACUACUCCAAGAAUAUCGGUGGCUUAGUGUCCUUCGCCGUCAGCUCUUCAUCCGACAGUGAUCAAUACAUCGGCAUCUCGUUCACAGAGUCAUCUGUGUGGAUCUCGCCUCAUGGGUCAGAUGCCACACAAAACAUAGGUAUCGACGAGACAUUAUGGUUCAAGAUCACCGGACCAGGGAACUAUUCUGUUGCACCUCUGCACGACCGUGGUGGAUUCAGAUACCUGAAUGUCUAUCACAACACCACCGGAAAUGUCACCCUCAGUCACCUGCAGACAUACUUCACUGCCAUGCCUCAUUUCCCCGAUGAUGGUAUCGGAAAGUAUACAGGCUACUUUCAUAGCAAUGACGAGAAGCUGAAUCGAGUCUGGUAUGCCGGUGCCUACACUGAUCAACUAUGCACCAUUCCUUCAACAGCUGGCAACUCUUUGGUCGACCUUGACGCCACAGACCCAGAUAUACCGACCGUAUGGUGGUCUAAUAGCACUCUGACCAACGGCACCUCCGCAUUCACUGAUGGUCCCAAGCGCGACAAGUUGGUUUGGCCGGGAGACUUUGCUAUCUCUGUUCCCGGCGUGUUUCUCUCCACGGACGAUGCAAUCACUGUGAAGCUGUCUCUCCAACAACUAUUUGCAAGUCAAAAUACCACCACCGGAGCACUACCUUGGUUCGCUCAACCAAUCUACACGUUUCCUGAGAACAGUUUCAUCUCGUUCGGAAAAGAAGUCUUCAGUUUCAAUUACCAUCUGUUUACACUUCUGGGGCUGAACAACUACUGGAUCUACACUGGGGAUGACGAGUAUCUGCAAAACAACUGGAACAGAUUCAAGCUUGCUCUGAACUACAGUCUGAGUUUCGUGGACGAAACUGGGCUGGCCAACGUCACUUCGAGUUUCGACUGGUUGAGAGAAGGUAUGGGUGGUCAUAAUAUCGAGGCGAACAGUAUUCUCAAACACACUUUGGAUGUAGCAGUCACACUCGCGUACGCUGUCAAUGACACUGCUCACGUUGCCACCUGGACCAAUGCAUCCACAGCCAUUGCCACGGCCGCGAACACUCUCCUCUGGGAUUCUACAGCUUCUCUCUACAAGGACAACGAGACCGCCACUCUACACCCUCAAGACGGCAACGUAUGGUCCAUAAUCUCGGGUCUUGCCACUGCUAAUCGAAGCACUGCUGUCUCCUCCGCACUCGCCGCACGCUGGGGUCCCUACGGUGCUCCAGCCCCUGAAGCAGGCACCACAGUCUCACCUUUCAUCACUGGCUUCGAACUCCAAGCCCAUUUCCUCGCCGGUGCACCUCAACGCGCCAUCGAUCUCAUGCGCUUCAUGUGGGCGGACUUCAUGCUCGAUGAUCCUCGCAUGACGAACAGCACUUACAUCGAAGGCUACGAUACCAGUGGUGCAUUGCACUAUCCUGCCUAUGAAGACGAUGCGCGAAUCUCGCACUCUCAUGGCUGGAGUUCUGGACCUGUAUUGGCUUUGUCGACGUUUGCGGCUGGUUUGCAUGUGUUGAACAAAACGAGCUGGGUAGCGCAUCCUCAACCCGGUAAUCUUACGCAUGUGGAAGCUGGGUUCAAGGUCGGGCAUGGAAGCUAUGCUGCCAAUUACUCUGUUGUUGCCAAGAGCGCUAGAUAUAUCUUCUCCACACCAUCAGGCACAAAGGGAAGUCUUGUUCUCGACACUCCUAGUUGUGAUGGUAACGUCAGCAUUACAGGCAAUAUUGGCAGUCUUGGUGGCAAAAAAUCAUUCAAAUGGAGCAAGCAGAUCAAUAGCCAUGGAAGUUCGUCUAAGCCUUGGAACUGCGGUGUUUGGGGCCCGACCCCAUCUUCGCGAUCCCUCAGUGCUGAGGGUACAAUCACAAUAGACGGUCUGACUGGAGGCAAUUAUACCGUUGAGGUUACAUGUAUGUAA